AUGGCCACUGAAAAGUCUCUGACGCAGCCUCCUGCGUGCUCUGACGCUAGUCACUGGUCUUUAGCAAAAGUGCUGAGUGCAUUUAGCAGCCAUAUUAAGUGUUAUAUUUGGGCUGCUGCACGAAUUGGGGCAGAGAGACCUGUGCCGCAGAAGCCUGAGGAGCAGAGUGAGGUGCUGCAGCUUCUAACGGAGCGAGAGGUGCUGCAGCAGCAGGAGCAGAGAGAGGUGCUGCAGCAUCAAUGUAAAGAGAUGUGCUACAGCAGCUGGGGCAGAGAGAUGUGCUACAGCAUCAAUGUAGAGAGAAGUGCUGCAGCACCCGGGGCAGAGAGAGGUUCUGGAGAAGCCGAGGCAGAAGGAGCGAGAUGUGAGAAUGUUUAUGACUCAGAUAUAGUAUUUAUCGUUGAUGGAUCGUCUAGUAUUGGGAGGGCGAACUUCCGGAUGAUUAAGACGUUUAUGGAAGGACUGGUCAUCCCCUUUAUAAAUGUUGUCCGAGAGGACGGAGUACGGUUUGGGCUGGUCCAAUACAGUGAUGAUCCAAGAACAGAGUUUGAAUUUACCCGCCACAGAAAUGGGUCGGAGGUGAUUCAGGCCAUCAGAAACCUCGGGUACAAGGGAGGGAACACACGGACUGGUGCUGGACUGAGAUAUGCCACAGACAACUUCUUUGGGCCCUCUAUAAUCCGGCCUGAUGUACCUAAGGCUGCGGUUUUGAUAACAGAUGGAAAGUCUCAGGAUGACGUUGACCAACCUUCCCAAAGACUAAAAAAUCAAGGAAUAAAAAUAUUUGCUGUGGGAAUAAAGAACGCUGACAGCCGAGAGCUUACUAGGGUGGCAUCCACCCCAACAGAUGACUUCUUCUUCUACGUCAAUGAGUUUAAGAUUCUAGGCACUCUCCUACCUCUGGUGUCACGGAAAGUUUGUACCACUACUGGGGGCACCUACAGGCCCGUAUCUACCUCGGAAUCUUACAAAGGACCCGUCAACCUGGUAUUCUCUAAUCAGGCUUCUGACUCUAUGAGGAUCCAAUGGAUGGCCGCCACUGGACCCGUUACUGGUUAUAAAGUUGUUUAUGGUCCACUCACCAGCCAGGGGCAGGACAUCCCAUUGGAACUUAGAGAGAUCACCCUGACUAGAGCACAGACAGAGACCCUCCUACAAGGCCUCAGGCCAGGCACGGAAUAUUCUGUCAAAGUGACCGCAUUGUAUGCCAACAGUAUUGGAGAAUCCGUCUCUGGCAGGGGGAGAACAUUAAGCCCACUUGGCAUAUCCAACUUCCGGAUAUCCGAGGUCGGCCCAUCCUUUCUCAAAUUGACAUGGUCUGUUUCCGGAACAGAUCCACCGUCAGGAUUCCGGCUCACAUACUCCACUAGAGGUGACGGGAGGACUGCUGAGAAGACCCUGAGCGGCAGUGCAUUGUCGGACACCCUCGGUGACCUGAGGCCCAACACCGAAUAUGUCAUCGUGCUUUAUCCUCAAUACCAGCGGCAGACUGGCACACCUGUAACAAUCACCGGGCGCACGCAGCGUGUUGAAGGGAUUACAGAUCUAAAUAUCCAGGAUGUGACAUCACAAAGCAUGACUGCGACGUGGAGAGGGGUCAGUGGAGCCACCGGCUACCGCAUCUCCUGGGUGUCUCAAACAGGGGACGACACUAAAGAUUUUGAUGUGGGCCCAAACAUUAACUCGUACACCAUCCGAAACCUCCAGCCCAUCACUGAGUACACUGUGUCCGUAAGGCCGCUGUUUGGAGCCACUGAAGGACCGGCUGUGUCUACCAGAGUGAAAACAGUUUGGCACUCUGUGGACUGUCCUGCAGAUGUAGAACAUCAAUAUAGGUUUAGUGACCUGAACUUAACGAGUAGAUCCCGAAACCUCUACCAGAAGCCCAAGCUUUCUACAACGUUCUCCAGACAGAAAUCGGGAAUAGUUCAGGUGCUGAGAACUUUUGCCGACAGUCCCACCUCAGUCCAGGUGACGUGGAAUCUUAUCCCAGAAGCUACAGGCUAUCGUCUGGAGUGGACGCGAGUUACAGGUGGUGGAAAAUCUCCCCAGGUGGUGAGACUACCCCCAACCAUCAAUAAGUAUGACAUCAACCGCCUGCGUCCUGGAACGGAGUAUCGUAUCACUCUAUUCACUCUCUAUGAUGGCAGGGAAGUGGCUACACCAGCAAGCACCUCUCAAACAGAAGGGCCCGUCGGUUUGAUCACAAACUUGCGGCUCGUAGAGACAACAGGCACGAGGUUGCGCUUUGCAUGGACCGGAUUGGUGGGUGCGACAGAGUACAAGGUUCUGAUUCGAAGUUCUGAUGGAUCCUUGGAAAGAACAAGCCUUGUGCCCGGCAACCUAAACACAUUUGACAUUGACGAUCUUCAAGAAAAUGUCGUUUACUCUGUCCAGAUCUCAGCUCUGAUUGGCAGGAGAGAGGGCUCGCCUGUUACCAUCACUGUCCGGACCGAAAAAGUGGCCAUUGCUUCUGUAACCAACCUGCGCAUCCUAUCUGCGGGGCGUGGACGUAUCCGCUUGGCGUGGAACGGCGUGCCCAGAGCCACGCAAUACAGGAUCCUGAUCACAAAUUCAGAGGAUGGGACGGAGAGAACCCAGGUGAUUUCAGGAGACCAGACAACGUUUGAUCUGACCGAUGUACAAGAUGGCAUCACUUACGUAGUUAGACUAACACCACUGGUGGGAACCAGUGAAGGGAACACGGUGACAAUCAACGUCAAGACAGAAGAAACAGUAGUAGCCGGAGUAGCUAAUCUUCGGGUGGUGGAGACAUCAGGCACUAGAUUAAGGAUUGUAUGGACUGGGAUUGCCAGAGCUACCGGAUACAGAGUCACCUGGAGGCGCCAGAGUGAUGGGCGAGAGUUUAGCCGAGCGCUACCCGCUGGAACCUCCUCCUUUGAAAUUGAAGAUCUGCAGGAUAAUACGGCCUACGUCAUUGGGGUAACAGCUCUGAUUGGUGACACGGAAAGCAGCCCAGCGACUGUCAAUGUGCAAACAGGCAGUGAUACUGUGCCCGAAGUGACCAACCUGCGUAGUACAAGCAUUAGAGGGAACACAAUACGUGUGGAGUGGAGCCCCGUCCAGAGAGCCACCAACUAUAGGAUCACCUGGAGACGCAGAGACGGAGUGGAAGAAUCGCGGUUGGUAACCAGGGAUGUGACUUCCAUAGAUAUCACAGACUUGGUGACAGGAACGCCCUAUUCUAUCUCUGUCACAACUCUGAUUGGCACAAAAGAAAGUGAACCAGUAUCUGUCACUGCUCAAACAGAUCAGCAGGAAGUUGGCGCCGUCACAAGCCUGCGGAUCUUCCAGAGCCCGAAUAAUAUUAUAAGAGUGACGUGGGUUGGGGUCCAGGGUGCCACAGCCUACAGAGUCUCCUGGAGCCCUUUGGAUGGUGGUCCGGAGCAGUCUAGAGAGGUGCCAGGAAACACCAAUUCAUUUGAACUGGUGAACCUAGACGCUGGAAAGCAGUACACCGUGAAGGUUACGGCGCUGGUGGGCAAUCGUGAGGGCGAUCCUGUCAGUGUGAGCGUUAAAACACCGGACUUCUCAGUCGUAGAUCCCGUGACAGAUUUACGCGUGACGGAGAUAACCAGACAGCGGGUGAGACUGACCUGGUCAUCUGUUGUGGGGAGCACGGGAUAUCGGAUCUACUGGCGACGGGUGGAUGGUGGACCAGAGACAAGCCGCCUGGUGUCUGGAGACGUAAGAUUCUAUGACAUAGACAAUCUGCAGGCUGGAGGUCGGUAUCAGUUCCGUGUGGCCGCUCUGAUUGGAGACCGGGAGAGUGAAGCUGUGACAGCAUUCGCUAACACUGCCUGUGGGACUGGCAGGAACGACAUUGUGUUCCUGGUCCACACGACCCAGGACAACAAAUAUAAUGAAGAGGCCCUUAAACGAUUCCUCUCAAAGAUGGUAUCUUCGGUGGGAAAACUCGGACCAGAUGCCACUCAGGUUGCAGUGGGCGCUUACAGCUUCCGGACACGUCCUUCUGUCCUGUUGAACCGUUCCAGUGAACUCAGAACAGUUGAGCAACAAAUUGGAAACAUCCCAUUUACUGAUCCCAGUGGAACUAACAUUGGCGCUGCCAUAGACUUUGCAAAGACUUAUCUAUUCUCUCCGAGCUAUGGAAGGAGACAGAAUGUUCCUGGUGUGAUGGUCCUUCUGUCAGAUGGACCUUCAUCCGAUGAUGUGCUACAGGCAGCUAACACCAUCAAGACUGCAGGUAUUCGAGUUCUGGCAGUCGGGAUGAACGGCGCAGACCGAGAGCAGCUACGUAGGAUUGUCACUGGCCAGGUCCCACGGAAUGUCUUCUUCACCCAGAACACCGAGAACCUCGACAGCCUGGUGGAUCCUUUGACAGAGGCGAUAUGCUCCGUUGCGCAAGCUGAAGAGCCGUGCACCGUCCAGUGCCCACAGGGAGAAAAGGGGCAGAAAGGAGAUGUGGGGAGCUCUGGACGUCCGGGGUUAGCAGGACCUCAGGGAGAAAUAGGUCGCCCUGGUGCCACUGGUCCGCCAGGCCCUGUUGGACCACGUGGGUUUCCCGGUGAGGAUACAGCUUCUACAGGACCGAAAGGUGAACCUGGAGAUCCAGGGGCUGAUGGUAUCCCCGGAAGUCCCGGUCGUCCUGGAAGCCCUGGUAGUGCAGGCAUUCCGGGGGCACAAGGCUCUCCGGGAGACAAAGGAGACACCGGAAGUCGGGGACCCCCAGGCUUAGCUGGUCCAAAAGGGGAGAGAGGAUUACCGGGAGAACCUGGGGAGGUGAUAAAUGGAGGAGGAGGAGUUCCUGGCAGGAAGGGCGAACCGGGGAACCCAGGUACUCCUGGGCAGUCUGGAACACCAGGACAGAGAGGGGUCCCAGGGAAUACGGGGCCACCAGGGCCAGAAGGACCCAGCGGCCCUCCAGGUGUUUCAGGACAAUCUAUAAAGGGAGAUAAAGGAGAACGAGGUGAGAGAGGUCUCCCAGGACUGGUCAAUGGGGUUGCGAGCAAAGGAGAACCCGGAAGUCCGGGUCCACCUGGUCUUAAUGGAUCACCAGGCCUUCGGGGGCCACCUGGAUUUCAAGGGCCAAAAGGCGAUAAGGGUGAAACUGGCGAAGGGCUCCCGGGUGUCGCAGGACGAACAGGAGAUCCAGGUGACCGAGGACCCAGGGGUCCAGCUGGGGAACAAGGAAUUAAAGGUGACCGGGGACAGCCUGGGCUGGAUGGAGAACCUGGGUUGAAGGGAGAUCGCGGUCCCCCAGGAUUUCAAGGACUUAAGGGAAACGCAGGACAAAAUGGGCAGCUGGGCCCGGCAGGCCCUAUGGGGCCUUCAGGAUUACAGGGAAUACAAGGUGAAAAGGGUGAGCAAGGUGCUCCGGGCCUACCUGGGAGUGCAGUUUCCACUGCCGUCGGUCAGAAGGGUGAAAAGGGUGAUCGUGGUAUAUCAGGGGCAGAAGGCACAAAGGGUGACAGAGGCGAUCCUGGAGAGAAGGGGGAGAGAGGGGCUCAAGGAUACGGCACCCCUGGCCAACCGGGUGAAAAGGGAGAACAAGGGGAGAGGGGUCUCAUAGGUCUUUCCGGGAAGACAGGUCAAAAGGGAGAGCCGGGUACCCCAGGGGAGGAUGGGGAGUCUGGAAAGCCAGGUCCGCCAGGACAGAUUGGGCUUCGUGGCAAAGAAGGAGAACGAGGAGAGAAAGGAGAUGAAGGGACGCCGGGUGAUGCCGGCAUUCCGGGGAAGAACGGUGAAAGAGGCCUGAGGGGUCUUCCAGGCGUAAGGGGCAGCCCAGGAGAGAAGGGGGACCAAGCAGAGCCGGGAGAGCCUGGAAAGGAUGGAAACUCUGGCCCCGCUGGCCCUAAAGGUGAUCGCGGUGACGCUGGGCCUCAAGGAAUUCAAGGUCCACCAGGAAAACCAGGAUCUGUUGAUUCUGUACUCGGUGGAGUGAAGGGUGACAAGGGUGAGGAUGGAGACCCCGGAGAGCACGGAAUGAAAGGACAGAAGGGGGAAGCUGGUGUAAAUGGGCUCCCUGGAGAGAGGGGUUUAGAAGGUACAAGAGGCCCGCCAGGGAAUCGGGGUGAUCCUGGAGAUCGCGGGGGCCCAGGUGACAAGGGUGAGCGUGGGCCACCAGGAAAUGAUGGAAGAAACGGACUUGAUGGAAAACCUGGACAACCGGGGACGCCAGGACUAAGAGGCGAGGCGGGCAAACCAGGAGAUCCUGGGCGAGAUGGACUUCCAGGACUGAGAGGAGAGCAAGGACCACCAGGACUAAUUGGCCCAAUCGGGCCCCCAGGAGCACCAGGCAAACCUGGUGAAGAUGGAAAACCUGGCCUCAAUGGUAAACCAGGAGAGGAAGGAACGCCUGGAGAAGAUGGGAGAAAGGGUGACAAAGGUGAAGCGGGUGUUGCUGGCAGAGAUGGUCGUGAUGGAUCUAAAGGUGUACCGGGAGAUGGAGGUCCGACAGGUCCCGCUGGCUCGCCAGGUGUUCCGGGACUACCAGGGCUGAUUGGUCUUCCUGGACAGGGAGUUCCUGGAAUUGCAGGGUCCCCUGGACUAAAGGGUGACCGAGGUGAAGUAGGAUCUAGAGGUGAACAGGGGAAACCAGGAGAAAUGGGGCAGAAGGGGGAGGCUGGAACUGCCGCUAACGUGGAAAAAUCUCUCAGCGUUUUGGGGAUUAAGAUUUCUGCUCUGAAAGAUGUCAUAGAAGUCUUUGAUGAUGGCUCAGGAACGUCCCUUCUUACUGCCCAGAAGAGAUUGAAGGGAGAACCAGGAGAACCCGGAGAAAAGGGAGCUCCAGGCAAAGAUGGAACCAUGGGAUUUCCUGGUGAGAGAGGGUUUCAGGGAGACAAGGGAGAUCAGGGCCUUCCUGGACCACAGGGCCCAACAGGACGCGCCAUUGGAGAGAGAGGACCCGAAGGUCCACCUGGGCAGGCUGGAGAGUCUGGAAAACCUGGAAUUCCUGGCGUUCCCGGGAGGGCAGGAGAACCAGGAGAGCAAGGAAAGCCAGGAAACAAGGGAGACAGAGGGGACAAAGGGGAAACAGGAGAGACUGGCAAAGAUGGACAGAGGGGGCCAGUUGGACCAUCAGGACCUAAGGGUGAAGUUAUAGAACUUAUUGCCACUGGACUGCCUGGAGAAAGAGGACUACCAGGUCCAAAGGGAGCCAAGGGAGACGUAGGAGAAGAAGGCGAGAACGGAGCCAAAGGAGAUAAGGGAGCAAUUGGCCCCAAAGGAGACACAGGUGACCCCGGUGACAAGGGAAGAGAUGGAUCUCCAGGUGCCCCGGGGGAGAGAGGACUUGCAGGGCCCGAAGGAAAGCCGGGCAUGCCAGGCUUUCCAGGAGUCCUCGGCCGACCGGGUAAUCCAGGAGAACCGGGGCAACAGGGCCCUCCCGGUCUUCAAGGAUCUCCAGGCGUAAAGGGAAAUCAAGGAGAACCGGGGCCCAGCGUAAGGGGUUUGCCAGGUCCUCAGGGCAUCGUUGGACCACCUGGACUUCCAGGGCCCUCUGGAUUGGUGGGGCCUCAAGGACCUCCUGGAGCGGCGGGUUUGGCGGGAGAACCAGGAAAAAAUGGAAGAGACGGAAGAGAUGGAAUACCUGGGAAAGAUGGAGAGCCUGGACUUCCAGGAAAGAUGGGUAUUUCAGGGCUUUCAGGUCCUGCCGGAGUCAAAGGAGAAGUAGGAGAACCAGGGGUCCCUGGAGAGUUUGUUGUUGGAACUCCUGGGCCAAAAGGAGAGAAGGGUGCUUCCGGAGACCAAGCAAGCAAACUACCAGGAGAACCGGGUGAAAAGGGAGACAGAGGUUUGCCGGGUCUACGAGGAGAGAAGGGGGAAGCAGGGAGAAAAGGAGAAAUUGGCGAUCCAGGAGAAGACGGGUCCAAGGGUCCCUCUGGGCCUAAAGGAGAUAAGGGUGAGACCGGCAUUGGCUUGCCGGGGCCUGCAGGACAGAUAGGACCACAAGGUUUGAAGGGUGACGUUGGAUUGCCCGGUCCAUCUGGCCCCCCUGGUCUGCAGGGGACUGGAGGGGUCCCUGGCCAGCCAGGUGCAAGAGGAGAACCUGGACAGCUCGGACCCUCCGGCCCACCAGGAGAGAGGGGUUUGAUUGGUUUCCCUGGAAGAGAAGGUAAUCCGGGACCCCAGGGGCCACCGGGGCCCUCAGGACCGAUGGGACCCCCAGGAUCCGCAGGAGCAAAGGGCGACAAGGGAGAUGCAGGAAUUGGCCAGUUGGGUCCUAGAGGCGAGAGAGGAGAUCCAGGACCGAGGGGAGAAGAUGGCCGUCCUGGGUCAGAAGGAGACCGUGGCCUCGCAGGUGUUCCAGGAAACAGAGGAGAACGCGGCGACAAGGGUGAUUCCGGCCCAGUUGGAAUCAAGGGAGAUAAGGGAGACACACUGACCAUCGAAGGACCUCCUGGUGCAAGAGGAAAUAAAGGAGAAACGGGUGACCGAGGGGUGAAAGGUUCUGAGGGUGAAAAGGGCGACAAGGGAGACCAAGGCGUCAGCGGAGAAAAGGGAGUUAAAGGAGAACAAGGAGACAAAGGAGCGACUGGCUUUGUAGGACCCAGAGGACCUGGUGGGCAAAAGGGAGAAACAGGAGAUCCGGGAGUACCUGGAGAGGCUGGAAUCCCAGGUAAAGACGCUCUACCUGGAUCAAGAGGAGAAAAAGGAGAAUAUGGCCUUAAUGGACUAAGAGGACCAAAGGGUGACCGUGGUAUAAAAGGUGCCUGUGGCCUUGAUGGCGAAAAGGGAGAUAAGGGUGAUACAGGAAUGCAUGGGCGCCAUGGACUUCCGGGGAGGAAGGGCGAUACGGGGGAAGCUGGAAUCCCAGGACAUCCCGGAUUACCAGGAAAAGAGGGACUAGUCGGUGCCAAGGGUGACAGAGGGAUAGAGGGUUUACAAGGUACUAAAGGAGAUCAAGGAGAAAAAGGAGACCGGGGUCCUGUGGGUUCCGUUGGUCCAGCUGGCCCAAGAGGCACUGACGGGUCUCUAGGGCUUCCUGGUCCUCCAGGAACUGUUGGACCAAAGGGUCCUGAAGGUCUCCAAGGACAGAAGGGUGAAAGGGGCCCCGCUGGAGAGGCUACUACGGGGGCACGUGGAGUACCAGGAAUACCAGGGGAACGAGGUGAUCAGGGUAAUAUGGGACCAGAAGGAAAUAAAGGGGAUAAGGGUUCUCCUGGCAUGACGGAGGAGGAAAUCCGAGGCUUCGUCAAGCAGGAAAUGAGCCAGCACUGUGGUAAGUUGGAUCAUGAUGAUGCUGAAAAUACUCUUUAA